AUGAGCUUCUUGGACGAACAGACACCGCUCAUAUCUAGCAACCGCGAAAGCAUUGGUGGUGAUCGCCUAGGAAGGAACACCAAAAACAAUAAAGGUCUCUAUGUCUCUGACCUCGGUACCAUCCAUUGUCCUGAUAACAACAACUUUGCACCACACCUACAGCAUGACGAUAUCCUUCCUCGGCCCAACCGACAACACCUCCAGCAGCUGUUGCACCAACGCUUUGAUAGAGUCCGUCGACAUGAGCAGGCUCAUGUUAUCACCACUCGUCAUUGGGUUGUGUUGACAUUAGCAUGUCUACUUCUCUUUGGCAACUACUAUUGCUAUGAUAUCCCCGCUGCAUUGAACGUUCAGCUGGAGGAAUGGCUUGGAGCGGAUUAUGCAACCCAUCAAUACCAUCUUAAUCUCCUUUACUCAGCAUACUCCCUUCCAAACAUUGUUCUUCCAGUUCUCGGCGGUUAUCUGAUCGAUCGUCUCUCAGCAUCUAGGAUGUUGGUACUUUUCAGCCUUUGUAUCUGCUUGGGUCAGAGCAUUUUUGCUAUCGGAGUAUCUGUAAAAUCGAUCUGGGUGAUGGUCUUGGGUCGUCUAAUCUUUGGAAUUGGAGGCGAAUGUCUUGAGAUUGCACAGGCAAAGAUCACGACUGACUGGUUCAAAGCCCGCUGGCUUGGGUUUGCUUUAGGAAUGAAUCUUUCUUCUGCAAGGAUCGCCACCGCUAUAAACGAUAAUCUUUCGCCGGCUAUUGCGACACAUGGAGGUGGUGUAAUAGGCGCUAGUUGGGCAGGUGUCGGCAUUUGUGUCCUGAGCCUUUUGUGCGGAUUCUGGCUUGCGUAUUUGGAUAGUCCAAAGUCAAGAAGGUCCGCUGGUGUCAGAUUGGAUGCCAGGGAUCGUAGAAAGGACCGUAUCCGAUCUAACAACAAUAGCGUCUUAGUAGGAAGACACGCAAUCAAUGCCUCAUCGGACUCGACCUUAACUAUGUCCUCUGUAGCACUUGAAGAGGAAGAUGAAAUUGAGAAGGAAAUUGAAAUGGCUGAGGAUGAUCGGAUGCUCUACUCAGAGAUCUUUACGCUGCAGACAAACUUCUGGAUACUCUGUCUCUGCUGCAUUUCACUCUAUGUCCUUCAAAAGAAAUGGUACACAAAGAAUCCUACAAAAGCCGGCACUAUCAUGUCUAUUCCCGACCUGGUCUCAUCUAUAGGAUCACCGAUCUGUGGAUUUCUUGUCGACCAGUUUGGAAACCGUGCUCGUUAUAUCCCCUUUUCGGCCAUCCUCUUAAUCUGGGCCCAUACUCAACUCGGAUUUACAACUAUCACACCCAUAAUUGGCAUGUUCAUUCUUGGAUUGGCCUACUCCCUCUUCGCCUCUGUGCUUUGGCCAUGCAUCCCUUUCCUAGUCAAUGACCAUCAACUAGGAACAGCUUAUGGUUUAGUUACGAUUGCGCUCAAUAUUUCAUUAACAAUCUUUCCUAUGAUCGUCGCAUCCAUUCUGGAUGUCACGAAUGGUUCUUAUCCCCAUGUCGAGGGAUUAUUUAUCAGCCUAGCUAUUAUAGCUUUGGCAUUAUCAAUCAUCUUGAACAUCUUGGACUCUCGUCACGGAGGUUAUCUGCAGCUAAUAGAGGGUAUAACCGACGAGGAUCUAUUGGAGGAUGAGGAGUAUGAAGAGCGCUUCAGACAGGGAAACCUUCAACAUCAACAGCAAUAUAUUAACCAUCGCCUUGAUCCUCAUGAUCCGCGCGAACCAGGAUUUGAAUACAGGAGACAGCGACGGUAUUCGCAGGACCUUAUGAGCGGAGAGAAUCCAGACCUAGAGGAUAUACAGGAUAUGGUGACAACAAGACCUGUAGGUGAAGGUAUCAUCACAGUCAUCCCACAUCGUCGGAGGCAUUCGAUGGCUGGGUUCACAGGUCAGAUAGAGGGGACAAGGCUGAGGAACUAUGCACAACAUGCACAGGCGUCACGUCUGAAUGCUAUUCCAGGAAGCGUGCCUUCAGAGCCACCUUUCCUAUCAACGCGGCCUCAACUCUCUAAUCGACGUUAA